AUUAAUUAAAUCCCUCGUUUUACUUAACAGUCAGCUUUCGGAUUCUCUCCAGCGACUGCAGGCGCUUUAAACAACUGGUCGUUUUUAGCUCCAUAUAACUAUGGAUGAAAUACGAUAGAUGUGCAUUUUCCUGGGAAGAGCAGCUUUAUGUGUGACUUUAUAAUCUAAUGAUUUUGUUUAAACCCUGACCGAAGUUUUCAACUUCUUCCUGCUUUAGUUUUUCUCGAGUCGGAGUGUUAUUGUCAUAAAGAUUAUGGCAGCCGUUGUAAAUUACUCUCCUCCGUGGUGGGUUAACCUUCUUCACAGACUGCCUCACUUUAAUCUGCAGUUUGAACAAACCAGCAGUGAUUUUCGCCCAGAGGACUCCUCAUACCAGCAGUCCAUCCUGCUGCUGGGCAGUGUAGCUCUGGCAUGCUUGGCCUUGGACCUCCUCUUCCUCCUCACCUACUCCUGCUGGCUGUGCUGCCGCCGUAAGAAGAGCGACGAGCAGCCAAACGCAGACUGCUGCUGCACCGCCUGGUGCGUCAUCAUCGCCACCCUCGUCUGCAGUGCCGGCAUUGCUGUUGGUUUCUACGGCAAUGGUGAGACCUGUGACGGUGUGAAUCGGCUUACCUACUCCCUCCGUCAUGCCAACCGUACCGUGUCAGGAGUGCACAGACUGGUGACAGAAAGUACAUCAGCUCAGAGCCAGACUGUGGACGAGAACCUUCGGCUGCUAAAGGAACAGUAUGCAAAGCACACAGACUACCUGUCCAUCAUACAGAAACUCCAGGAUCAGCGGAGUGAUCUGGUUCAUCAGAUGGCAGGCAUUCCCUUUUGGAGCAAUCUCAGCAUCUCCCUGGAGGAUCUGGCAACCCAGAUUGAACUAUAUGACUGGUACAGGUGGCUGGGUUACCUGGGUCUGCUGCUGUUUGAUGUGCUGAUUUGUCUGCUGGUGCUAUUCGGCCUCAUCCGCAACUCCAAAGGAACUCUGAUUGGGGUGUGUUUUCUGGGUGUGUUGGCGCUGGUAGUCAGCUGGGGCUCACUCGGUCUGGAACUGACUGUCUCCUCGGGCUUCAGUGACUUCUGUGCGGCACCUGACAUGUACAUAACCAAGGUGUCAGAGCAGUACAUGCUUAUCAAAAAAGAUAUCCUGCAGUAUUACCUCACAUGUAACAUAGGUCAGGUCAACCCCUUCCAACAGAUGCUGUCAGGAAGUCACAAAGCACUGGUGGAAAUGCAGGAUGAUGUGUCAGAACUACUGCGCUCUGCAGUCCGGGAUUACCCCAAAACGAAGGGAAACCUUGAGCAAAUUCAGGGGGGUUUGAACACCACUGAAGUUGGACUUCACCAGCUCACUGCUCUUGUGGACUGCCGCAGUUUGCACAUGGAUUAUGUGCAGGCAUUGACCGGAGUGUGUUAUGAUGGACUAGAGGGUCUGAUCUACCUGGUGCUGUUCUCGUUCAUCACAGCUCUCAUGUUCACCUCUGUCGUGUGCAGUGUGCCACACACGUGGCAUGUCAAAAGGCCUGAAGAGGACAGUGAGGAGGAGUCCAUGGCUCAUGGAGGAAGACAGAAUCAUGAUAACCUGUACCGGGUGCACAUGCCUAGUCUCUACAGCUGCGGCAGCAGCUAUGGCAGUGAGACCAGCAUCCCUGCAGGAGCGCACACUGUCAGCAACGCUCCUGUUACUGAGUACAUGACCCAGAAUGCAAACUUCCAGAACCCUCGCUGUGAGAACACUCCUCUGAUCGGGAGAGAAUCUCCUCCUCCAUCUUUAUAUUUGACAUCCACGGACAGUAACAGCCAUCACAGCUGGCAGUUAAAGCCAUCGGGGAGUUCCCGCUCGUUUUGGUAACAGCCUCAGCUAUUCCAACAGUACACAUCCAGCAUGAGGGCCAAGUACCUGGCAAACACCCGGACCGACCCCAACAGCAGUUCCUCAGCAAACUAGAGCAACACUGUCUCCUUUCCCUUCAGUCUAAAGCUCCCACUCAUCCACAUGUUGUUCCCACAGCCCAGAACAGUUUCACCCCAGGCCCACCCAUCCAGCCAUGUUGAUCUUUGAUGCGAGCUCUCCAACCCAGCUGAUAAA